AUGUAUUAAGUGUAAGAGUGCUAGUCCUUUGAUGUUCGUGCACGUCAAUCAACAUACUCAGACAUCGACUGAUCACUCGUCUCGACCUGCACUUAAUCGCGGUACCCUGACUCGUUGAACCGCGUUCGGCCGCCAAGGGUUCGAGCGCCGACACGCCGACUUCGUUGCACGCGAUGGUGCCAAAAUUUACGAGGCCUCAGAGGUCUCCACUGCAGUUCAACCACUACAACGACGUCGUUUUACUCGGACCUCCCACCAUGCGCGGUGCCAUUGUAUUCGGCGGGUCGUCACACCCCAAACUGGUUGACGGUGUGUGCGACCGCUUGGGCAUGAAGCCUGGCUCUGCGACGCUGGGCAAGUUCAAGAAUGGGGAGACGUCUGUCACGAUCCACACUUCGAUUCGCAACAAAGAUGUGUUCAUCAUCCAGAGCGGCAGCGAGAAGAUUAACGACUCGGUCAUGGAGCUGCUGAUCAUGAUUUCUGCCUGUAAAGGCGGCUCCGCAAAAUCAGUCACAGCGGUCAUGCCAUACUUCCCUUAUUCGCGCCAGUCGAAGAAGAAGCAGCACCGUGGGGCUAUCACGGCUCGCAUGGUUGCAAACCUCCUCCAUAUCGCCGGCGUCAACCAUGUAAUCACCGUCGACCUCCAUGCCUCGCAGAUGCAGGGCUUCUUCAAGUGCCCAGUCGACAACCUCGUAGCCGAACCCCUCCUUGCUCGCUGGGCGCGCAUGCAUGUGCGAGACUGGCGAGAAGCUGUCGUAGUCAGCAAGAACCCUGGUGGAACCAAGCGAGUGACAUCACUGGCAGAUGCCAUGAAGCUCAGCUUCGGGAUCGUCACAACGGAUAGGCGAAGGGCAGGUGGAAGCAGACCCUGGAACGAGAGUGCCAUGUUUGAGCAGUUGAGGCUUGACGGUCCUCCAGACUCGCGCGAGAUGGUGGAAGCUACGCUCGAGGCAGAUGCUGAGCUCGCGCCAGUCAGUAAAACCUCAUCUGAUUCCAAGGCAGAGAUUGGCAAGCCCAAGGUCCGAACAGGACGCACCCCAUCGAACCCGCUGUCCCGAAGAGCAAAUGGAGUCGCUGGUGAACACCCUCUUUCUAAGUCUAUGCGCGCCAGCUCCAUUGUCGAGCCCGAAGUGCCUUUGGAGCCAGUGAGAACCGAGGCUUCGACCCAGAUGGAAGAGGCAGACGCUGAGCAGAGCCAGGACGAGGACGGCGCCGAAGAGGAAGAAUACACUGAUGAGCGUGCGCGAAACGUCAUUCACGGGCGUCUAGUGCAGGGUCACAUUGUCGACGACACGCAUCCCUCGCCGUCCAUGUCCGCAACAUCACAUACUAACUCCUGGCGCAACCGUCCCCCUUCCGAAGGCGAGAAUGAAGACAUACCUUCACACAUGAUGAAUUCGUUCAUGUCAACAACGUCUUCAAGGCGGGAGAAUCUGGACAACGAGCACGGCCACGCUCUUGGCGGCACAUACGAUGCAGCAGCUUCGUCAGAGGACGAAGAGGAAGAUCUGCAGAACCCUGAGAUCGAGACAUUUGUCACACUCGUGGGCAAUGUCAAGGAUAGACCCGUAUUCAUCGUCGACGACAUGAUGGACAAAUCCGCAUCUUGGAUCGCCGCAGCCGAGACUGUCGUCAAGCGAGGAGGCGCCCGCAAAGUGUACUGCAUGGCCACCCACGGUCUGUUCGGCGGCGACUGCCUGGAGGAAAUGUACAACUGCGAGUGCAUUGAGAAGAUCAUCAUCACCAACGCAUUUCCGGUUCCGGAACUCAAGCGUGAGCAGGCUGGCGACAAGCUCGUCAUUCUGAACGUUGACAAUCUGCUGGCUGAGUCCAUCCGACGGAAUCACCACGGCGAGAGCAUGUCGCAACUCUUCAUGCACUACGACUAGAAAGAAAAUCAGCUUCAUCAAAGUUUAAAGACACUAGAGGCAUGAUGUUUUCGGAGUCUGGUCAAGAAUUUUUUGCUAUGGGUUGGCGUUGGGCGACGCUUCAGUGGAAGCAGGGGCAAUGCGGAAACACAAAUAUGCGCAACGAGUGACGACCUAAGAGAGCCUUUCCAGCUUUCGAAAAGUAUGUGCCAUGUAGGGACAUCUUGACACCUACGAUACAAUGAUACCAACAAUGUCCAACCAUAUCCAGUUCCGUAGUCAUCUCUCGUUCGUGUUCAUGUACUCUUUCUGGCACCCAAUCCAGGUUCACUUUAGUCAUAGACAUUCUGCAAGUACGUUGCACAAGUAUUGUAGUAGGAGAGAACAGUGGUCACUCGGCACAUUCGUUAU